AUAUGUAAUUUUAAAUCGGUUCAAAAGUCGAACGAUGGGACUAUUGUUUAUUUGAAUCCUGAUAUUGUUACAAAAUUUGAAGAUAUUGCUGAAAACGAUAGGAAACUAUUAACUGAUGAAUAUGGAUAUUUUGAUACAAUGAAUAUUACAAUAAAAUAUGAUAACUGGCGUCGUGACGUUAUAUUAAAAUCAAUUCUCCCAGCGAAUAUCGAAGUUCCUACGGCGUAUAGUCUGGUAGGACAUAUUUUACAGUUGAAUUUACGUAAUGCGCACUUGCCAUACAAAUUUAUCAUCGGUCAAGUGUUUCUCGAUAAGACUGCCAGCGCACGCACAGUAAUAAAUAAAAUGAAUACAAUCGACACGUCGUUUCGGUAUUUUGCAAUGGAGAUCCUCGCUGGCGAAAAAAAUACGAUAACAAUCGCGAAGGAACAUGGGUGCACGUAUCAAUUUGAUUUCGCGCAAGUUUAUUGGAAUCCUCGCUUGUCUACUGAACAUGCACGAAUAGUAACAUUUAUGACACAAGGUGACGUUCUGUAUGACGUUUUCGCGGGAGUGGGGCCUUUCGCGAUUCCUGCUGCGCGUAAAAAGAUUCGAGUACUUGCUAAUGAUUUGAAUCCCGAAUCUCACAAAUGGCUGCAAAAAAAUGCCAUUAUUAACAAAACCAACAUGUCGCAACGGACACAUUGUAUGUGUACAGCAAGUUUGAUAGUCAUAGGAGAUGAAAUUUUACGUGGGGAUAUAAUUGAUACCAACACAUCAUAUCUGGCAAAAAAUUUAAUCGCCGCUGGAAUGAAACUGCAAAAAGUUAUAGUCAUCCCUGAUAAUGUGGAUGAUAUUUCUAAAGAAGUAAGCAAUGCAUCGAAACAAUAUUCUGUUGUAUUUACAUCUGGUGGUGUUGGACCUACUCAUGAUGAUGUAACUUAUGAAGCCGUAGCAAAAGCUUUUGAAUUAAAACUUGAAUUACAUCCGGAAUUGUUUGACAUAUAUGCUCAAUUAAUUCCUGGUCAGAACGAAAUAAAACGACUCGCUGUUGUUCCUAAUCCUUGCGAGAUCAUCAAUAUUGAUUCUGCAGAAACUUACCCAGUUAUAAGCGUAAAAAAUGUUUAUGUGUUACCUGGUUCCCCGAAGUACUUCAAGCCAGCUACAGACGCAAUAAUUUCUCGCUUGAAAGGAUGCACGCCAUUGUACUAUGAAUAUAUAGAUAUUGAAUUGAAUGAGCUGUUGAUUGUAAAUAUUUUAGAUAAACAAGCAAAACGAUGGAAUGGUAAAGUAAAAAUUGGCAGUUAUCCGCAAUUAGAAUUGGCAAAACCUUUUACGAGAAUCGUCUUGGAAGGAUCCGAAGAAAUAGUUGCAGAAGCGAAAGAGGAACUUUUGUAUUAUCUGCCAAUACAAAAAAUUAAGAAUUUGAAACAUAAGUUUAGUUAUUUUCAAAUGAAUGUCGUACUGGAAAGUAGCAAAAGCGAAAUACAUAUUAAAUGUGCAUUAGACAUAUUAAAUGAAUGUUAUGACAGAUACAAUUCAAGUGAAAUUUUUAUUAGUUUUAAUGGAGGCAAAGAUUGCACAGUAGUUUUGCAUUUAGCUGCUACUGUUGCAAAAUUACACAAUAUUUCAUCCAUACUAUGCUUAUAUAUAACUGAUGAUUCCUUUCCGGAGGUGGAAGUAUUCGUGGAAUCAGCCGCUCGAUAUUAUGGUUUGGAGAUAAUACGGAUGCAACGACCGAUCAAAUCAGCAUUGUCUACAUUACUGACAGAAAAACCUAAUUUGAAAGCAACUCUUAUGGGUACUAGAAAAGAUGAUCCUGGUUCCGAAAAUUUGCAGGCAUUUACACCCACUGAUUCAAACUGGCCGCAGUUAAUGCGUGUAAAUCCUAUUUUACAUUGGUCUUACAAUCAAGUGUGGACAUUCUUGUUAAAACAUAACAUUCCUUAUUGCUCGCUUUACGAUCAAGGAUAUACAAGUAUCGGCAAUAGAAAAACUACGACACAAAAUCCGUUAUUAAAAAAUCCCAAUAAUCCGUUGUCUUAUUUACCAGCAUAUACUUUAACUGAUAAAUCUGCCGAGAGAGAAGGCAGAGAAAACUAAGGAGUAGCGAUUCGGACGUGAAGCUUUGAGAGGAGAUUAGAGAGGGGAAGUGGGUUGGCUAGAGAAUGUUGGGAAGAGAUAAAAAGAAAGAAAGGAAGAGAGGAAGCGUCAGGGUGGGAGGGGAAAGGAAUAGGUUCUUCGGGGACAAAGGUGUGAACAUGAAGAACGUGAGGAGGGAGGAGGAAUGGUUCGGCAGGUUGAUAGAAGAGGAUAAAGAAAGGCAAAAAGAGGAAAGAUGGGAAAGAAUCAGGGAAUCAAAUUUUAACAGAUGUAUAAGAGAAUAAAAAGAAUACCUGGACAUUUGAAGAAAGGAUGGGGGGAAAGUAGGUGGAGGAAGGUCACUAGGCUUAGGCUGAGGUGUGAGAUGAGGGAAGGAAGAUAUUGGGAGGAAGAGGAAAAAAGAACGUGCAGAUUAUGUGGAAUAGAGAGGGAAUCAUGGGAACAUGUAUGGGAAAUCUGUAGGAAAUGGGGACAAGGAAGUGAUACAAGCUGGCAAGCGACAGUAAAGUGGGUGCUGGGAGAAGAUGAGGAGGGAAAGGGUUGGAUGAGAAAACUUGAGAAGGAGAGCAACAGAAUGAGUGGAGGGUUAGAUAAGAUGGAGGAGGGAGAGGGAAGGGAGGAGAAAAGAGGUGAUGGAGUAAAGUGUGAAUGAGAGAGAGAGAGAGAGAGAGAGAGAGAGAGAGAGAGAGAGAGAGAGAGAGAGAGAGAGAGAGAGAGAGAGAGAGAGAGAGAGAGAGAGAGAGAGAGAGAGAGAGAGAGAGAGAGAAUGAAAACAGGGAAAACGUUACUUAGAUCUUAUUCUAAAGUUUUUACUGGGUGUUAGUCAUUUCAGAUGUUUUUUUUUUUUGGUUGAUUUUAUUCUGUUAGGUUUGGAUUUUGAUCUUUAUAAGAAAAAGCAAAAGGAAACGGAAGUCCAAAGAAUAAGGAAGCGGUGUGUGUGUGUGUGUGUGUGUGUGUGUGUGUGUGUGUGUGUGUGUGUGUGUGUGUGUGUGUGUGUGUGUGUGUGUGUGUGUGUGCGUGCAUGCGCGCGUGCAUGCGGGCGUCGCGAGAACGAGAUAACAAGAAAACGUGAUCUUGAACUUCGCAGGCGACCCAUGAUAUUUAAUUUGUAAGUAGGCUAAGGUUUAGUUAGGUUAGAAGAUAAGUAUAGCGUUAAGGGUCAUUUUUUGUAAUAAAAUUGUAAUUCUAAGAGAAAUCAAUAAAGAUUAUACAUACA